GAGAGAGAGAGAGCAGAAGGCCGGAUUGAGCCGCCUCGGAACCCGGACCGGGCGGCCGAGGAAGAUGGCACAGGGUGCUGGACGAGCAGUCCUGAAGUUGAGUUUGCGAGGCGACACGGCGGCGGCGGCCGCGCUGCUCCCUCUCCUCUGCCUCCCCAUGGAUAUGCACUGCAAAGCAGACCCUUUCUCCGCGAUGCACCCAGGGCACGGGGGGGUGAACCAGCUCGGGGGGGUGUUUGUGAACGGGCGGCCUUUGCCCGACGUGGUGCGGCAGCGCAUCGUUGAGCUGGCCCACCAGGGGGUCCGACCCUGCGACAUCUCCCGGCAGCUACGGGUCAGUCACGGCUGCGUCAGCAAGAUCCUGGGCAGGUACUACGAGACCGGCAGCAUCAAGCCCGGGGUGAUCGGCGGCUCCAAGCCCAAGGUGGCCACUCCGAAAGUGGUGGACAAGAUCGCUGAGUACAAACGGCAAAACCCCACCAUGUUCGCCUGGGAAAUUCGGGAUCGACUCUUGGCCGAGGGUAUCUGCGACAACGACACGGUGCCCAGCGUCUCCUCCAUUAACAGGAUCAUCCGAACCAAAGUUCAACAACCUUUCCACCCAACACCAGAUGGGACUGGGACAGGAGUGGCUGCCCCGGGCCACACCAUAGUUCCUAGUACGGCAUCCCCUCCCGUCUCCAGUGCCUCCAACGAUCCAGUGGGCUCUUACUCCAUUAACGGGAUCCUGGGGAUUCCUCGGUCCAAUGGCGAGAAGAGGAAACGUGAUGAAGAUGUAUCGGAGGGUUCCGUCCCCAACGGAGACUCCCAAAGCGGUGUGGACAGUUUGCGGAAGCACCUGCGUGCUGACACUUUCACUCAGCAGCAGCUGGAAGCUUUAGAUCGGGUGUUUGAGCGUCCUUCUUACCCAGACGUAUUCCAGACAUCAGAACACAUCAAAUCUGAGCAGGGCAAUGAGUACUCCCUGCCAGCCCUGACCCCCGGUCUUGAUGAAGUCAAGUCAAGUCUAUCUGCCUCCGCUAACCCAGACCUGGGGACCAAUGUGUCGGGGACCCAGACGUACCCUGUCGUGACCGGUCGUGACAUGGCAAGCACCACCCUGCCCGGCUACCCACCCCAUGUUCCCCCAACUGGGCAGGGCAGCUACCCCACCUCAACUCUCGCAGGAAUGGUACCUGGGAGUGAGUUUUCAGGGAAUCCCUACAGCCACCCUCAGUACACAACCUACAAUGAGGCCUGGAGAUUCAGCAAUCCCGCAUUACUAAGUUCCCCUUAUUAUUAUAGUGCCACAUCCCGGGGCUCCGCACCUCCCACUGCUGCCACUGCCUAUGACCGCCACUAGUUACCACGGAAACCACAUGAAACUGCAGGGCGACACCUUAGGCCUCCACAUUGUACCUGUCUGACCACCUUUCUCCACCUCGGCGACGGCAGGAGGACCGAGAGGACUUCUCCGCGACCCUGCCCCUAGUCUCCCUCCCCCACCUCCCCUCAGACCGGGACCACGUGACCCUGCCCAACCCAAUGCCCUCCGACCGGCUGAUGGCAACCAUGGGCAGGGUCAAGGAUGGACUCCCAGACGCCCCGGCCUCAGGCCCCCCCAUCCUGCAGCCGUCCAUCCCAUUCUCCAGGCCGCCCGCCAAGUGAGGUCUGGCCAGCAGCUGCCCCGCUGAGAGGAUGGCGCCUCAGGAAGGACCCACGGCCGGCCCCGCCUCAGCCCUCUUGUCCAGGGAAUGUGAAGGAGGCCCCGAGAGCAAGGGAAGAGGCACCUGUGGUCACCCCAUUCCACCCUCGUUCCAGCCGGCCGCCUCUCCAGGGCAGAGGACCACGGCAUCGAGACCAACAGCCACCCCUACCCAAAGGCCCCACUCCAACACCCAGAAGGACUGAGUCCGGUGGAUCUCACCCCCCCCAGGCGCCGGUGUGGUGAGGUGCCCUGGGCCAUCUCCCCCCGCCCCCCGGGAAGGGAGGGGGUCCCACCCCCACCUUUGCUACUCCUUGCACUCCACCCGACCACCUCUGCUCAACCAGCUCCAGACUGGGUUUCUGGCUGGUUUGAUUGGGCCAUUGCACACGUGGUCCGCUGGUGCCGUGGUCCUCUGGUGGGGCCGGGCUCCCCCUGCAUCCUCUGAGGAGCUAGGGGCCUGGGGGAGGGUGGGGGGCAGACAUCUGUGUUUUCUGUGACACGCAAUCAGCUGAGGCAGGGGCCGGGAGCGCGAGGAGGGCACAGCGUCAGCCACCCGGCCGACUGAGAUGAAGAAAUAUAUAAAUAGAGAUAUAACAGAGA